AUGGAGCGCGGAGAUAUUAGACGCAUUGAAAAGAAGCUUGGAGAUGUAAAGUUAAGUAAGCCGAUCGUGUUGGCCGGAAAGGGGGCACCGGGCGAAAGAUGUGAAGAAAAAAUUACAGUCAAAACGAAUGUGUUUGCCGUUGUCCCGUCGGAAAAUGUUCGGAUUUUCCGAUAUGAUGUACGAGUGCUUGAGGAGUACAAUAAAAAGGAUGGGCAGUCUGUUUUUAAAGAAGCAACGAAACAAAACAGGAAUGACUACGUGUCAAUAGAGCGGAAGAAUAAGUGCGUAGCUGUAUACUUGAGACUUCUGGAGCAAGAAAGAGGUUUUUUCGGUGAUAAGAGUUCCUAUGUUUAUGACCGAGCGUCCAUCUUGUACGCGUUAGACAAGUUGAAGAUCGAUGAGGGCGAGGUGAAAACAUUUAUCAUUGACAGGAAUAAAUUACCUAACGAACUUUUCGAUGAAGAGUGCGUAAGGGUGCUGGUCCAUGUAAAGCCUUGUGACCAAGACUUUCAGCUGACGUCUAUGGACUUCAGUUCAGGUUUCAAUCUAAAUCCCGACCGAGUUAACAGGAGCGUGCAGCAGUUUUAUGAAUUACUUCUUUCCCAAGAAGCGUUUUUUACUGAGGGCCGUUUCGUUUCAUAUGGGACAGGCGAAAGUUAUCUCUACGCACCAGAGGAUUUUGGUUUUAUGAAGACAGAUACUCCAGUGCUGCCGGAUGGGAAAUAUGUUGGGGUUGGAGCGUCAAAGGCAGUGAGAAUCGUGGGUGAUUCAGAGGCGAGUCCAAAAAUGUCAGUUAGUAUAGAUGGUACGUUUAAAAGUUUUUACAUCUGGAGUAAGUUACCUUGGAGUCUUCAUGGUGCAUUCAUGCUGUUUAGAUUAGGUUGCGUGUUUUACUUUACAUUAAGUGUUAAACUGAAGAAGGCAGCUUUCCAUAUAGAUUUACAAUUACUGCCAGAAAAAGUGGCAGAAAUCUGUGGCGGUCCGAUUGGGGCGCGGCUCGAUGACCGACAUGUGAAGCUGUUGUCGAAAAUGUUGAAGGGUACUCCCAUCUGUUCCUUUCUGCUUUCCCUAGAACAAUUCGGUAAGGGUCUUUACGUGCGAUGUCUUUAUGGGAAGAAACGAGUGUUCUGCAUAUCUGGAAUAUCGCCUGAGUCGGCAGAUAAGUCGAGGUUAAGACAUGAUGGUUUUUGCCAACUUCAAUACACUCUCGGUUUAGACUUCAAAAGGAUGUAUUUCAUUGAGAAGUAUGGGAUAAGAUUGAAAUAUGAAAGACUGCCGUUAGUCAUCGAGAAGACAUCGAAAGGAGGAAAUUUGUACCCUAUGGAGUUACUCGUCGUAUGUGAAAAUCAGCGUGUUACGCUUCCGCAGCAGUCUUCAAAGCAAGUACAACAGAUGAUAAGGGCCUGUGCAACGCUCCCACCUGUAAGAAUGAGACAGAUGUCGAACAUGGUUAGAGCGCUAAAGCUGGAUAAGGCUGGUAGGGACAACCGGUGGUGCGAGGAAUUUGGAAUGAAGUUGCACGAUAGCAUGGAGUUAGGGGCUUAUUUGCCUGUUUAUUGGUUAUUUAACUCUGUAAGUGACGAGGAACAUAAGUCACGAUUAAUUGCUAAGAUUCGCUGGUUCCAUCCAUUAAAAGCACGAGUGCUGCAAAGACCUGCUGUUAUUUAUGGGAACAACACUACAGCACGCAUGAAAGAUUCGGGAUCUUGGAUGAUAGAGCAAAAUACUCGUUAUCUCUUUCCAGCCAGCUGUGAUAGGUGGAUAGCGGUUGCGUUAGUUGCAGCAAACGACCGGUUCACCAAGAAUGACUUACAGGCCUAUGUCGAUUUUUUCUUGAAACGAUGCAUCAGCCGCGGAAUGACAAUGGGGAGGCCAUUGGCAGUUAAACACAUACCGAGGGCCACAGAUGGUGAUGUGGAUACGGCUUUCCAGUAUGCCCGUGAAGCGCGUGCAAAGUUCAUACACUUUGUCACUUCCGAUACUUUGAAAUUUCAUGAAAAAAUGAAGUUUAUGGAAAGCCAGCUCCAGAUCCUAACUCAGGAUCUCAUGACCAGGACGGCUGCGACGGCUCCGAAAAAAACUCAGACUUUGGACAAUAUUGUUCAUAAAACUAACUUGAAGCUCGGGGGGCUCAAUUUCGAGCUGCGUCUUGAGUCGAAGGAAGCCCAGGAUUGGAUUAUGAGGAGCAAGCGGUUGGUCAUUGGUCUCGACAUAACGUUUACGGGUUCUAUGAGGGAGAAAUCGAUCCGCUGCCCUUCUGUAUUGGGAUAUGCUGCAAAUUGUCGCCAACACCCAUUAGAUUUUAUUGGUGGAUACGGUGAAACAGCGCUUCGAGAUCUUGUGAGCGAGUCGCUGCGACUUACGAAGAAGAACCGAGGAGUCGUUCCGUUGCAUUUAGUAGUCGAAACGGAGGUGCAGCAGGUAAAAGCUGCUUGCGAGAAUGUUGGUGGUGAGAAGUACAAACCACACAUCACGUACAUCGUUGCAACUAAGAAGCAUCAGCUCCGUAUAUAUCGCAGUGAGAUAAACCCCAAAGCACGGGCAACGGAGCAAAAUAUCCCGCCGGGCACAGUUGUUGACAGGUCGAUCGUGAAUCCGGUGUAUAACGAAUUCUUCUUGAACUCACAUUCAACCAUACAGGGAACGGCACGGACCCCCCGGUACAAUAUUUUGUACGAUACAUUGGGGAUGAAGUCGGACGAGGUGCAAGGCAUGGUUCAUGCACUUACCUUUAAUAUGCAGAUAGUGAACCAGCCAUGUUCUCUUCCAGCCCCGAUUAUGAUAGCAGAUCAAAUGGCUUCGAGGGGACGAAGCAAUUUUUCAGUUUUCUGGUUAUCACGUUUACUCGAAGAUGAGCUGGUGGAGAAAGGAGGGCUAACAUUGAUGGUAGUACGGUCUACGUUGGGUGCUGUUAUACUUCAUCUGAGUACGACAGAUGACAUAGGUGAGCUGGACCUUCAGCAUAUAAACGCAGAAUUGGGAUAUUGGGGAAAAGAAUUGUCAAGUUGCCGGUUCAACGCGUGA